AUGACCAAAGCAACCGAGACAGGACUUACGCUAUUCUUUUUAUCGGCGAUCUAUUUUGCUCUAUACACUGGUGUAAUUCCAUCACCAACCAAAUUCCACGAUGAAAUUUUACCAUACCUACCAUGGUGGGGAUUAGUUACAUUUGGUGCUUAUGCAUUAUCUACGUUAGGCUGGGGAAUCGUUACAUUCAAAGACAAGAAGGACAAGUAUGAAGAGUUGAAAAUACAGAUUGAGGAAGCUAAAGCUUUUUACAAGUCAAAGGGAAUUGAUAUCGAUUGA